CCCACCACAGAUCCGGGAUCCGAGCGCCGGCCGUGGUGCCCCGCCACUCUCGGCCAGAUGGCAGACCCUGGCUCAGAUCCUGAAUCAGAGCCCGAAUCGGUGUUCCCGCGGGAGGUCGGGCUCUUCGCAGACUCUUACUCGGAGAGGAGUCGGUUCUGCUUCUGUGGGCAUGUGCUGAUCAUCACGCAGAACUUCGGGUCCCGCCUCGGGGUGGCAGCGCGCGUGUGGGACGCGGCUCUGAGCCUGUGCAACUACUUCGAGAGACAAAAUGUGGUUUUCCGAGGCAAGAAGGUGAUCGAACUGGGCGCGGGGACGGGCAUCGUGGGGAUCUUGGCAGCGCUGCAGGGGGGGGAUGUUACCAUCACUGACCUACCCCUGGCCCUAGAACAGAUCCAGGGCAACGUUCAGGCCAAUGUGCCAGCUGGAGGCCAGGCCCAGGUCCGUGCCUUGUCUUGGGGGACUGACCAGCAUGUCUUCCCUGGAGACUAUGACCUGGUGCUGGGGGCUGAUAUUGUGUAUCUGGAGUCCACCUUCCCACUGCUGCUGGGGACACUUCAACAUCUGUGCGGGCCCCAUGGCACCAUCUAUCUGGCCUCCAAGAUGAGAAAAGAGCACGGGACAGAGAGCUUCUUUCAGCACUUCCUGCCCCAGCAUUUCCAACUGGAGCUGGCCCAGCGGGAUGAGGAUAAGAACGUCAACAUCUAUAGGGCCAGGCACAGGGAACCAAGACCUUCUUGACAUCACUCCUGUUCUUCUCAACCUCUUGUCCCAAUGAAGAAACUGCAUAUCUCCAAAGCCAUAUCUCCAGAGCCAUAAAUGUGAGGACUAAAAAGUAUGGAUUUCCUUGGCAUCUCUCUCUUUCCUCCUUCUCUUCCUCUUUGUUCCCUCAGAUACUUUUGGGCAGAUGCAGAGAGGUGCCUGCUUGCUAGGAAUCCUAGAGCCCUAGCAGCGCUGGUGUUAGAGCACGAUGGAGGUUCCCAGCUCCUGCUCUCAGGGGAGGGGGAUGAGGGCAUCCAGGAUUUUUAGGGGUAAGGGAGGUAAAUGGAAUAUGGGAGCAGUGGCUGCAGAGACUGUCACUGAUCACUUCCAGUCCUGCUGUUGUCCGUUUAUACAGAAUAGA